AUGUACGAGCGGCUACCGAAUCAACAGUUGCAUGGAUUCGAUGACGAUGUGGUACGAGAAACAGCGCCACCUUUCCGCGUGUUGGAAAAAUGCCAGGACCUGUGCUUGCGUGACCGUUCCGGCAACAGUUUGGUCAGAACUUGCAACUCUAUAGACUUUCAACCUGGUGCUCGUAUAGCUGCUUUUAGUCCUGAACCUGAGUACGAAGAAUCAACAUGCUACUUGACUAGAGAACAGGCUGCUCCAGAAGGAAUAGGAACCCUCAUGAUUGUUCCAAACAGUGUUCAUUUCAAUGAAAUCUGUCUUACAUCUAAUCGUCCGGAACGUGAAUGCCCAUCUCGUCGGUAUGUCUUUGAACGUCAUGCCCGAAAACGGUUGAAACUUCCACCAUCCGAUCUCAAGGAAAUCAUGGUUGCUAAUCGAACUGAAUGCGAAGAUAAAUGUUUGGGUGAAUUUAGUUUUGUAUGUCGUUCUGCGACAUAUGAUUCUGCUUUGAGAACUUGUUCUUUGAGUAGAUUUACCAGACGGACUCAUCCAGAAUUAUUAGAAGAUGAUCAUAAUGCUGAUUAUUUGGAGAAUACUUGUUUGAACGCUGAACGGCGUUGUGAUGGCUUAGCAGUAUUUAUUAAAGAAGAAAAUAAACGUCUUGGAGGACCAUUUGAAGCUGAUGUUUUUAGUAACAUGACUUUAGAUGAGUGCCAAGCUAUGUGUGUUCGCGCUGAGAAGUAUUUUUGUCGUUCUAUUGAACAUGACGCCAUGACGCGUCAGUGUGUCCUCUCGGAAGAAGACUCGGUAUCGCAAAAGGAUGAUGUAACUGUCAGCGCUUCACCUACCCAUCACUUUUACGACCUUGUCUGCCUGGACAAUCUCUCUCAUCGGGUGACAGCUCGCGGCACGGAGUAUCCAGACAACAGUGUAACCUCCCAUCUGUUCUCGCCUGGACGACGACCGGACACUGCCUUCCAGAGAUACAGAAACAGCAGAAUUACUGGAGAAUUUCAUUCUGAAAUCACUGGAAGAUCUUUAAGCGAGUGCUUGGAUGAAUGUUUAAGGCAGACGAGCUUUCAAUGCAGGUCGGCGGUGUACAGUGACCGCGCCAGAACAUGCCGGUUGAGCAGAUACAAUCAGAAGGAUGGUAUGCGGCUGCUCUACGAUCCCGAUUUCGAUUAUUAUGAAAAUUUAAUGCAUCAGCUAGUGGCAGGUGAGACAGAAGCAGGGAGCCCCGCAACUGGUUCACAGGGCAAUUGGGGACGUCCAGCUACUUCUACAGGUGGUAGUAAUGGCGGCGACCGAGACAGAUAUCCGCCAGGUGUAGACCGCUAUCCGGAUGAUGACCGCGACGACGAUCGGUACGACCGCGAUCGUCGACCGGAUCGGUAUCCAGACGACAGAUAUCCGAGCACUAACGACGACCGUUACGACGAUAGAUACCCUUCCAGCGCCGGAUCAGACCGCUACCCGUCUGACAGAUACCCACCUGGAGUGGGCCCAGAACGCUAUCCUUCUGACAGAUACCCACCUGGAGUGGGCCCAGAACGCUACCCUUCUGACAGAUACCCUCCUGGCAUCGAUAGAUAUCCACCAGGUCUCGAUCGCUACCCACCUGACCGUUUUCCACCAGGUGCCGACCGAUACCCACCAGGUGUAGACCGUUAUCCACCAGGUGUCGAUCGUUACCCCGCGGGACCUGAUAGAUAUCCAUCUAGUAUUGAUAGAUAUCCUCAAACUGGCGGAAGGUAUCCUGUCCCUGGUGGUGAUCGCUUUCCCCUUGACAGUGGACGGUACCCUACCUAUGACUAUCCUUCUAAUGACAUCGGAAGAUAUCCUGCAGACAGAUAUCCUAUUAGUCGAUAUCCUAUAGACGUCUAUCCAGAAAGAUACCCAUCAGACAGGUACCCUGAAAGACUUCCUGCUGACAGGGAAAGAUAUCCGAUUAAUCCAGUUCGAGGUGGUGGGCGAUACCCAGUAAGACCGGGGUGGACCCCUGGCCGCUAUCCUGACAGAUACGAUCAGGACCGAUCCCCAGGCCCUAAUGACUGGGGACGGUACCCGUUCAGUCGGUACCCUGUCGGAGUUAACAGAGACCCUGUACCGUUGGGCGGUGACCGUUACCCGGAUUUAUAUGACAAAUAUCCGCCGACCGGAUCGUCAUAUCCUGCAGGGUAUAGUCGCGGUGGUUAUUAUGGUCCGGAUUAUGUUGGCCCUAAUCGUUUCCCGGACCGAGACAUUCGUCCUGGUGCAGACAGAUAUCCAGUAGAACCUAGACCAAGCUUCGGGCUGAGGCCUAGGCCUAUAGAGCGACCAAAUGGGUAUCGAGGAACUUAUCCACCGCCGGGACCUGUUGAUCGACCAAUUGGUGGACCUGUUUACGGUGGAUAUGAACCUGAUGGACCAAUUGGACCACCUGUGAGUCGACCACCUUUGAAUGGUCUUAAUGGGCCAAUCGGUGGUCCAGUAGGGGGCGGCGUAGGUGGACCUAUCGGAGGACCCCCCGUUGGUCAAAGGCCUUGGCAGGGAUCGCGUUGUGAAGAAGAUAGUUUCAGACAAGUCGGCAGGCAGCGCAUGCAAAGGCGUUUCGUACGGCGGUUUACAACAGCUCAGUCCUUGGCUCAUUGCCAGCGAGAAUGUAUUGAAGCUAAAGACUUCAUCUGCCGGUCGUUCAACUUUAGGGAUGUAGGUUACGCUGGAGAGCCGCGGGAUAAUUGUGAACUCAGCGAUCGCGAUACUCGAGAAUUAGAUGCUGCCAAUCCUGCGCAUUUCGACAACACGGCUAACGAAUAUGAUUUCUAUGAGAGAGCUCUUGGCAGGAUGGCUGAUGAUUGCUUGGAUGUGUCUCAGGUAUGUAACGAGGAUGGAAUGGAGUUCACACUUCGCCUUCCCGAAGGAUUCUAUGGUCGAAUGUAUACCUAUGGUUUUUAUGACCGCUGUUUCUUCCGUGGUAACGGUGGAGUGGUUAAUGCUUUGCGUAUAACUGGAGCACAUGGAUAUCCAGAAUGUGGCACUCAGCGGUAUGGAGACACAAUGACCAAUAUCGUUGUCGUACAAUUUAGUGACAAUGUGCAAACUUCUCGAGACAAGCGGUUCAAUCUAACUUGUCUGUUUAGAGGACCUGCAGAAGCUGUGGUUACCUCCAAUUACAUCGGAGCCGGAUCCGGCAGUCCGAUUCCAAUCGAAUACCUCCCCGAAGAGAGCUCAUUGAACUCCAAAGUUCGCCUCAUGAUCUUAUACCAAGGACGACCGACAACCACUAUUGCUGUUGGUGACCCGCUGACCUUUAGACUAGAAGCCCAAGACGGAUACAACUAUGCUACAGACAUAUUUGCUACAAAUGUUAUCGCAAGAGAUCCUUAUUCAGGCCGCUCCGUGCAAUUAAUUGAUCGUAUCGGAUGUCCAGUCGAUCCAGAUGUGUUCCCAGAACUAGACAAAGGUCGCAAUGGAGAUUCGCUCGAAGCGCGUUUCAAUGCUUUCAAGAUACCAGAGUCUAACUUUUUGGUAUUUGAGGCGACAGUGCGUACGUGUCGCGAAGGCUGCCAACCGGCCUAUUGUCCUAGUCACACAGGCAGAUCUGAACCAUCCUUCGGUAGACGCCGAAGAGAUGUGAAUGCCACAGUUGGUGUUGAAGGCAAUGAUACGACAGAAGUUAAAUCCGACGACAACGAUGACUCAAGCUCUGAUAAAGAGAAAUCAGAUGAGAAAAAUACAGCAAAUGUUUUCAAAGUUUCGUACGAAGAAGCGAGUGUUGACAAGUAUUUGAAGGAUGAAGUCGAGACUCCUAGUCAUGUCAGAAAGAUGAUCGAGGUAUUCGACAACCGCAACGAGUUACUAGAAGAAAAUAGAGAAAGUGAUUCUUCACCUGUUGUGUCAGCUGCGGGGAUCUGCGUGCCGCCCUACCACUAUAGGGCUCUUCUAGUGGCUUUGUGUGUGCUCUUGUCUUUACUGCUGGCUAUGUUGACUGCUGCAUUGUAUAUCUACAGGCGAUACUGGCGGGUACUGCGCAAAAACAUCCAGGCCUCCUCUCCAGCACCCGCACUGAGGCCAGUGACCCCUGGACCUAGGCCUACGCGUCCUUCUCUCUUUUCUGCAUCGCAUUUGCAUAAACCUUUCUCAUUGAGUGGCUUAGGAAGAUCUUUUGGUGAUGUGGGCGAAGAAGCAGGUUCAUCAGGACGCCUGGCUAACGCUUUCGACGAUGGCAGCGAACCAAUAUACACAGACCCAUCGUUGUUUGAGCGUUCACGGUCUCUGCGCUCCCUACAUUCUCUGGACAUGAAACCGGAGAGACGUGACCAUCGUGCGUAA